AUGGCACGGACACGCAGCUUCCCGUGUCCAUGGGCCACUUGUAAAAAGGUCUUCAAUCGCAAGUCUGACUUGUGUCGACAUCACCGCAUACAUACCAAUGACCGCCCCUACCACUGCGAGUUUCCAAACUGUACAAAGAGCUUCAUCCAGAGGUCUGCUUUGACCGUUCACUCUCGGACCCACACGGGCGAGAAACCACAUGUUUGCGAUUUCGCGAAUUGCAAAAAAGCAUUCUCAGAUUCCUCUAGCCUUGCACGACACCGGCGGAUACACACUGGCAAGAGGCCCUACAAGUGUCUCGAGCCGACGUGUGAACGAAGCUUUUGUCGGAAAACGACAUUAACGAAACACCAACAUCGCUCUCAUCAACUAGAAUUAUCCCCGCAAGCACAUGGAACUCCACAACAUAUGCCUCAGGAGAUAUAUUCGCACCCACCACCUCAGCCACCAGCUUUAUUACCACCAACAACUCAUGUUGCUGGACCUCCGCCGCCAUACCAGCAACCCAGAGUCAUGAUCAGUGCCGCUGAAUUCUACCCGUCUCAAACGCAGCCGGUGGUGCACGCAAUCUCGGUUGCACCUGAAAAUCCGCCCAUGGAACCGGAGGUUCAUUACGUCGGUGCUGGAAUGAUUAUGCAGCCGCAAAUUCAACGAUUCGAUGUUACAGCCCCCAUAGAUCCUAUAUCUCGCUUCCAGCAUAUGCCUCAAAAUAUCGCACCACACUUUGAAGCUCUUCCGGUAUCUUACAAUGGAGUGUUCCCCUUGGACAAACUAUCAGGGCCACGUAUCCUAGAUCAGUUUGCAGAAAGGGGAUCUUUGGAUUUCUUGGGCUUAGAGGGGUGA